AUGUCAUCUCCUCGUCUUCUUGGGGUGGGAAAUGCUGUUCGCAUUUCUGCAAGAACUAUGUACGAGAAUCCAUAUAUCAACAGAUUCAAGGCUAAGAGCAAGGUUUCAGAGGAUUAUUACAAGAAGUCAACAGGAAUCACCGGUCUUUUUGUUAACGAGCACCCCCAUCGUACUUUGAAUGUCGUUUACAGCAGAAUUCUUAGAGCUUUGGAGCAAAUGCCACCCACUGCUGCAUAUAGAAAAUACACAGAAGCCAUCGUUAAGCAACGUUUAGCCCUUGUUCAAGCUGAAGAUGACAUCCAAAAACUUGAACAGAAGAUUGGAAUGGGACAAAUAGAAGAAGUAAUUCAACAGGCUGAGUAUGAACUUGAAACUACACGCUCCCUUCUCGACACCAAAGCAUGGGAACCAUUGGCUGAAGAAGCCCCCAAGGGCCAAUGGGCUUGGCCUGUAGCCUAA